UAUUCUCCCGAGAUUAUCCGAGCGUGGCGAUAACUUCAAACUUGGUGGAUCACAAAGCAAUAAGCAUUGUAUUAAUUUGUGUUGUUGCGUUGCUGUGCAGGAUGGAAGACGGACCUUCACAUACACCCAAGCAGGAUCCACAUCUUUGCGAAGAGGCUGCGAAAAAAAUGUGCGCUACAAUUGUGUCGUUUGAAGUUAAAGACGACGACAUCUUCCUAAUUGGAAGAUCAAGAUCCGGUACUACCUGGGCGCAGGAAAUGAUUUGGUUGAUUGCUAACGAUUUGGAUUAUGAAAAUGCUAAGGAAUGCACUUAUAAGCGGGUUCCAUUUCUAGAGCACAGCGUCUAUUUAUGCGGCAACUCAAACACCCAAAUUAAUAUGCCAGAGCGAUACGAACCCAAUUCAAUAGAGUACUGUAAAAAUCUCAAAAGUCCUCGUAUUUUUAAGACUCAUUUAUCACAAGAGUAUUUGCCAAAACAACUAUUUAGUAAGGAAAAGAAGGCAAAGGUAUUCCUCAAAAUGUUAAGCUUGCUUAAUUACCUACUUUGCCUUCGCGCAAUAUUAAAGACGUUUGUUUGUCAGAUCGAAACUCUCACGAUGGAAGAAAAUAACUAUCUCCCUUAUUUGUGUGAAAAAACCGCAAGGAGUCUUUGCGCCAAAAUCAAACCGUUUGAAGUUAAAAAUGACGACAUUUUUGUAAUUGGAGCGACAAGAUCGGGUACCAUGUGGGUGCAGGAAAUGGUUUGGUUGAUUGCAAAUGAUUUGGAUUAUGAGAAAGCUAAAGAGGGGGCGUACUAUCGGGUUCCACUUCUGGAAUAUAGUGUUUAUUUGUGCAGCAAACCGGGCUCUCAGUCUUAUCAUAUGCAAGAGCGGUACGAGCCUAAUUCAAUAGAGUUUUGUAAAAACUUAAAAAGUCCACGCAUAAUUAAAACGCAUUUACCAGAAGAAUAUCUACCACGGCAACUGUUUGAUAAAGAAAAGGAAACUAAGAUUAUUUACAUUGCACGCAACCCCAAGGAUGUCUGCUUGUCAGGAUAUCAUUUUAAAAGAAUUGUUAUGAAGUGCGAAUUUGAAUCCCUGGAGAGCUAUGCCGAAGUUUUCAUGUCGGAUUCAUUUCCCAAAGGAGAUUAUUGGAAGAAUGUGCUGUACUUUUGGAACCGUCGCCACGAGGAUAAUAUUUUGUUUAUUACGUACGAAGAAAUGAAGAAAGAUUUGAGGGCGGUUAUGCGGAAAGUGGCCGAAUUUCUUGGCAAAGUUUUGACGAUCGAACAGGAGGAGGAGUUGCAAAGAUACCUGGACUUUGGGUCGUUCAAAAACAACAAUGCCCUCAAUCAAAUUGACUUUUUUAAUGCAGAUGCAUAUUUAAGACGAGGGGUAGUUGGAGGAUACAAAACGGAAAUGUCCAAUGAAUUGAUCGAUAAGUUUGAUAGUUGGAGCAAGGAAUGUCUUAAACAUUCUGAUUAUAAAUUAUAACGGUUUUUGUCAAUGAAACCGAUCUUGUAUAGUUUCUAGUAUUUGGUGUCCUUUGGAUCUUUUAAUCUAAGUUGUGUAUGGGUGAUUUAAAAUUAUACGGAAAUAUGAUUUUUUA